CUUAGAAGAAAUAAUUAUUUUGUUCUUAUUCGCAUUUUGGAUUGGAGAGAUAUGUAUCUACUCUUGACUAUUUCCAUGUGCUUCAAUUGCAAAUCGAAUGCCAAGUGUAUCAAAUGGAGAGGACGUGUGGCAAGGUGGGUGGAGGAAACGGGGUCUCGCGUAUUCUACAUGACAGCGUUUUCUUUUGGGCACGGAAAGACGCACGUGUCUUCCGCCCGUAUUUGAUUUGAGGGAUUGAUUGUACCGCUUUAAAGAGUAGCCUACUCAGAAGCGUCCGAGCCAUCGCUGGACACAUACUUCUACAAAAGAGGCUCCUUCACAUUCGCAUUAUGCACUAAAAGUGCUCUAAAGGUGAACAAGUCCAUGACCAGAGAUGGAUUUCUAUUCCGCACGAGUAGAACGAUUUCAUUUCAUUUGAGCAACAUGAAUGGAAAUAUAACUUCCUUUGGAUACGGAUUCCUCAAGCAUUUGUUUCCAUGGAAUCUUAUCUGCAUUGUUUCUAUAGCAGCAACUUAAAGACUUUGACCGCCUUGUUCCCUUGACAUGUUAAGCUUGAAAUAGCUGGAACAAGAAACAUAUGUCUUGUACCUACGGAUUCGAGUUCUAGUCGAUAGAAAAAAAGAAUACAUAAAGGAACAGACAAUCAACAGAAAUUAUCCACUUAUUAUUUUAUAUUAUCCACUAACAAAAUUUGAAGAGACCACAAAUUUUGGGAGACCUAGCCCCCCAAAAAAAUAAUAGCUGGCGCCACUGGGACAUUUUCACGGUAUCGUCUUCAAUAAUCAACACAAUCAAUAGGUAUGCCUAAGUGUCUGCUGUGGAACUUUGCUGAAGUCCUCCUAUGUUGGACCUUCGUGGAAGCGCAGGGCAGCUCAGACGGGGGCAUUACAGUGCAGGAACAGAUGUAUCUCCUGUAUGAUGUCAAACUCGAGUGUCAUCAGAACGUCUCCUUACAGGACCCUACAGAUGACCUUUGCCCUCCCGGGUGGGACGGCUUGAUCUGUUGGCCACGGGGUUCCCCGGGUGCUGUCACCAAGGUCCAAUGCCCACGCUACGUCUAUGACUUCAAUCACAAUGGUCAUGCAUACAGAAAAUGUGACAUCAAUGGCUCUUGGGUCUUUGUUGAGAGCUUGAACCGGACCUGGACAAACUAUUCAGACUGCUUGAGAUUCCUCCAACCAAACAACCAUGAGGGCGGGAAAGAGGAGUUCUUUGAGCGUCUUUACAUUAUGUACACUGUAGGAUAUGCAGUGUCCUUCAGUUCUCUGCUAGUGGCCAUCUUCAUCAUCGGGUACUUCAGACGUCUUCACUGCACCAGGAACUACAUCCACAUCCACCUGUUUGUGUCCUUCAUGCUGCGAGCCAUCAGCAUCUUCAUCAAGGACAGAGUCGUCCACACCAAUGUUGGACUGCAGGAUUUCGAUGCCGCGCUCAUGGAUAACCUCAAGACCAUCUCCGUGGCACCCCUGGACAAGUCUCAGUAUAUCGGGUGCAAGAUCACAGUGUUUCUGUUUAUCUACUUCCUGGCCACUAACUACUACUGGAUCCUGGUGGAGGGUCUGUACCUCCACAGCCUCAUCUUUAUGGCCUUCCUCUCCGACAACAAGUACCUGUGGGGUUUCACUUUGAUCGGGUGGGGUGUUCCGGCUCUCUUUGUGGCUGCGUGGGCGGUUGUGCGGGCAACGUUAGCAGACGCUCGCUGCUGGGAGCUAAGUGCCGGCAACAUUAAAUGGAUAUAUCAGGUUCCCAUUUUAACAGCAAUUGGGCUGAACUUCGUCUUGUUUGUAAAUAUUGUACGAGUGUUGGCAACAAAGAUCCGAGAAACAAACGCUGGAUGCUAUGACACUAGAAAGCAAUAUCGGAAGCUGGCCAAGUCUACUCUGGUGUUGGUCCUGGUGUUUGGGGUCCACUACAUUGUGUUUGUGGGAAUGCCACACACCUUCAAGGGAAUGGGCUGGGAAGUGAGGAUGUACUGCGAGCUCUUCUUCAACUCCUUUCAGGGAUUCUUCGUUUCUAUAAUCUACUGUUACUGUAAUGGGGAGGUCCAGACAGAGAUCAAGAAGACGUGGACCCGCUGGAACCUGACCAUGGACUGGAAGGGCCCGGUGGUGUGCGGCCGGUGCCACUACGGCUCGGUGCUCACCAACCUCAACAACAGCGGCACCAGCCAAAUGCAGCUGGCGGGGCCCUCGCGGACCACCGCGCUCUUCUCCAGCCGCGUGUACCGGAGCAGCGGGCGGCGCACGGCCAGCACGCACACCGCGCUGCCCGGGUACGUGCUCAGCAACUCUGAGGCCGACAGCAUUCCCCACUCCAUCCCCGAGGAGCAGGACGACAGCGCCAAGCAGCUGGACGACAUCUCGCUGAAGGAGUCUCCGCCCAUCAUCAGCAACAGCGUGGGGGAGGACACUGAGGAAACCCUAUGAGCGCAGGGUGCUGUGCUGUGAGCUUUAGAACACACACACAGCACACGCGUGCACACAUACCACACAC